UGGCCAUCGAUGGCUGAAACGCUGAAACUGUCUCAACUCAACCUGGUGAAGCUGCCAUAGUCUAGUAGGGUUCUCUACUAGCUAGGGGUUCUCCUGCAAACAAUCAAAGCGAGGAACCUUGUCAAAGCGUCAACGAAAAACAGAGCCUUGUUGCAUUUGGACUGUCACGUCCCCAAGAUUCUUGAGUUCAUUGUAUUUUGUUCCAGCACACCAAAUAGAUCGACACGGUACAGAUCGAUUGAUCAGUGCUACCGGUACCUCCAAUCCAUUGAGGUGAUAAUAUUAUACGUUUCCAACCAUGUCUUCGAAAAGCAACAAUCAAAGUAAACCCAAUGGUAGCAACCGCGUCCCUCGUCGGUUUCGCAACAGCAAGACCAAGCCCAAGCCCUCAUUAAUUGAUGGCAAUGGAGGUGAUUCAGGCAGCUUCACCACCAGUAUGCGCCAGCUGGUCAUGCAGCGAUGCGAAACUGCCAAUGCCGAAAUGCGGGCUGCCGAAAGAGGUAUCCGAAGAACCACCACCAACUCGGAUGAUAUUGACGCUGCCAAAGAAGAAGAGAGGAGAUUGCGCCAAGAUUUUGGAGAUGUGCAGCCGUUUCCCAGUAGGUCUCGGACCAGUGAUACGAAUGUUUCGUCAUCUGUUACUAGUACUACGAACACUACUAACAACAAACCAAAGCACAAACGGUACCAGCGCUCCAUUACGGCACCGGCAAAGACACCCACAAGACCUCUGACACGAAAGACGUCUGCUGCUGCUCCUCCUCCUCCUGCUGUGGACUCUAACAAAUACGAUGCCCUCGCGGAAGCGGCUGCAUCGGUAGCUCACAAGCGAACACCAGAGAAACGUUCCCGCGACUAUGCGGCUGCAGAUCGUCCCAAGGAAGCCUUCCAAGGAGGACGGAUUGCUCGGAGAUGUUUGGUAGAAGAAGAAGACGAUGCCGAAGAUGAUGAAUCCGGCGAGUUUCUCGAUCCCAGUCUUCGAAACAUUAUUCGACAGAGAAGUGUCGAACACGAGAGUGCGCCUCGAAAUUUUCAUCAUGAUCAGGAGGAUAAUCAACUCAAGCAGGAAGAAUUGGCGUUGCGCCAAGAAAUGAGGCAACAAACAGAUGGUCAAGAAGAAGAAAACAAUACGGUGGACAUCAAUAAUAUUAAUAGCAACAGUAGUAACGAGGAGGAAGAAAAGCAACCACCGGCAGCAGCAGCUGCCGCCAGAAAUGAAAAUUCACAACAACAACAAGAUGAACAAGCCAAGGCUACAGAACUCAGUCUACGACGCAUUGUCACGGAGCGUUGCGACGCUGCGAAUGCGGAAGUGGCGGCGGCGGAGCGGGCCAUUUUGGAGGGUGCCGUCCGAGCAAGAGCCACACGAGAAUUGUCGGAGCGUGACGCCGGUGCUGCCGCCAAUGCCGCCGUCGACGAAGCCGACGAAAAGGAACGAGCCACCGUCAGUUCUCGUGAAUUUCACGACAACAGUAAUGGCGACGGUGUCGCCCGACUACCCGAAGCCGCCGCCAGCAACAAUAGCGAUAUGCCGGUCAAGCACCGAUUGCCACCGGGGGCACGACGACCCGGAGCCUAUGGAGGAGCUCCUGGAGCGGCAUACAGUCGAGUUCGUUCCGCGCGAUUGCAAGGUUUGGGACGCAGUCUCACAGAAGAAGACCAACCAGCAGCAGCAGCAAACGCAUCCAGCAAUGAAUUAGUGUCGGCAGAUGGCCUGCCGGACACGUUGGUCGAAGAACACACGGAAACGGAUCGACACACCGAAACAGAUCGACCCACGUUGCACGAUCGUGACGACGAAGAAGCCAACAUGAUCAACACGUCUUGUCAUCGAAUAAAUUCGACUCGAAACAUCAAUGCCGGCGGAAAUAACGACAAUCCUUUGGAAAAGUUAUUUGGCCCGCAGUACAAGACUUUCGUAUUUGCUGCUUGUGGCGUGUUCCUGUUGAUUAUCAUUUUGGCCAUUGCAAUUCCCAUGGCCACCAAAGGAGGUGGGGAUGACGAUGCCGCGGAAGCUGUUCCUACAGCAGCUCCAACUCUACCAGCUCUAGUGGACAUUGAUCCCAAUCUGAUUCCCAUCCUUACGCCUGAUACGCUGUAUGCAUUGACGGACACUUCGUCUCCUCAGUACAAAGCAUAUGGCUGGAUAUCGAAUGACCCAAAUGUGGCAAAUUAUACAACGUGGAAGCUCCAGCAACGGUUCGCCCUUGCAGUCUUUUACCAUGCAUUUGGUGGUCCUGGCUGGGAAGACCCACAAGUUGCAAAUUGGCUGGACUAUGACCUCGAUGAAUGCGAAUGGAUGGCGUAUGACGACAAUGCUUGCCAUCCAGAUGGAAACGUCAAACUUAUCAAGCUGACAAAACAGAGAGGCUUCAAGGGCUCGUUACCACCCGAAUUAUCGUAUCUGACAGGCUUGGAAGGAUUGGAUUUCUCAGACAAUACCUUGAGACAGAAUCUGGCAGAUUUGCUGGCCCUCACGGAUGACAGUAUGACUUUCUUGCCUCCAUCUCUACAGAUUAUUUGGUUGAACAACUGCGGACUCUUUGGUAGCAUUCCCUCUGCCUUGGGGCAGCUGUCCAAUCUUUUGGGGAUCUUCUUGAAUGGCAAUGGAAUCACUGGUACUCUUCCAACAGAAAUCGGUAAAUUGUCUCGGCUGUCACACUGGGAAAUGAGGCAAAACAGGAUCUCUGGUAGCAUCCCUUCAGAAAUUGGUUACCUAACCUACCUGAAGGCUCUGGCUUGGUCUGAAAAUAAGCUUGAGAGCCUUCCGACCGAGGUUGGACUCAUGGCAGGGCUGGAAUUGCUGGACAUGUUCACGAACGACAUUGCCACCCCACUGCCCAGUGAAUUGGGGGCUGUCACAAAGCUACAGGUUUUGACGCUCAGGGAUAAUUCCAUGACGGGAAGCAUCCCGUCCGAAGUUGGCCUUCUUUAUAAGCUCGUGGCAAUGCACGUGGAUAUGAACAAAUUCAAUGGCACAAUCCCGAUUGAAUUGACAUCGCUCACAGAGAAUUUGAACAUGAUUUUCUUGAGUAAAAAUCGCCUUACAGGUGCCAUUCCAUCUCAGUUUGGACGAAUGGCACCGUUGGUGAAACUGGAUCUGAGCAAUAAUGUGCUUACAUCCACGGUCCCAAGUGAGCUAGGUCUCUUGAAACGAUUGGAACUCUUGAAUUUGGAGAACAACGAGCUGGCCGGCUUCAUUCCUGAUGAGCUUCAAAACCAAACCAAAAUUGACGUGAGGUACGAUGGAAACGAAGGCCUUGAGGGUUGAGACCACAUGCGAUACUUUGAUGACCACCAGAUGAUGACAGGCCCAGUCAAAUGCCCUGGUACGCACUUGCGUACUCCAUAGCUGUACAAUCUUGUUCUUCUUCAUACAUGAACGACAAUAGUUGCAUACUAGUAGUACUAGCUGUACGACUUCACCUAUCUCUGUUUGGUACUCCCGUGCUUUCUUCCCUGGUCCUGGCAGUC